AUGGGUUUAUCAUAUUUUAACAUCGCGAAAUCCACAACAUUCUGUAGCUACAGCCUCAUUCACAAGGCUGCACCAUCUUCCACCAUUCAACAUGCCUCAUUAUUCAACCAACCUCCUUCCAUUUUCUCCUCACUAUUACGCGAAUUCUCGAAUACCCUCAUCCAUGUCAAAUCCAUCCACGCACAGAUUAUUAAGAACUGUAUAUCCACUCAACACUUUCUGGCCACAAAGCUUGUCAAAUCAUAUUCUCAUUUGGGUUUUCUCAAUUCUGCAUACAAGGUGUUUGAUCAAUGUCCUCAUCCGGAAACCACCCUCUGUAAUGCUAUGAUGGGUGGUUUCCUUAAGAACCGCGAAUACGAGGAGGUUUCCAAGUUGUUUAAAAUGAUGGGGUCUUGUGAUAUUGAAAUAAAUAGUUAUACAUGUGUGUUUGCUCUUAAGGCUUGCACUGUUUUAUCGGAUAAGGAGAUUGGUAUGGAGAUUGUUAGGAUGGCUGUUCGAAAGGAGUUUCAUUUGCAUCCUCAUGUUGGGAGUUCGGUGAUUAAUUUUUUUGUGAAAUCUGGUAAUCUUGAUGUGGCGCGAGUGGUCUUUGAUGGGAUGCCUGAAAGGGAUGUUGUUUGUUGGAAUUCGAUUAUUGGAGGUUAUGUGCAGGAGUGUCUUUUUAAGGAGGCGGUUCAAAUGUUUGUUGAGAUGAUUGGUUGUGGAGUGAGGCCGAGUCCUGUGACUAUGGCUAGCUUACUCAAAGCGUGUGGUGAAAGUGGAAUGAAGAAACUUGGAAUGUGUGUUCAUGCUUUUGUACUUGCAUUAGCAUGCAAAGUAGAAGCUUGA